AGAGAGAGGGAGAGAGAGACCAACUGCCUCCUUUCUCUCCUCCCUUUCCCUCGAAUGCGGUGAUGACUCAGAAUUUAAAAGCCCACAAGACUGUCGCUCUUUAAAACCCCCUUCACCAUCAGCUACACACAUUUUCACAAAUAAGUGUGCUCAGCAAAAUACACACCCUCAUAGUAAGGAAUCGUAAGAGUAGUGUGUGUUGUAGUGUUUUGGUGGGGUGUUUUAGGUUUUUUAAGUGAGAGAGAGAGAGAGAGAUUAGAGAGACUUAAUUAGAGCCCAAGAAUUAAUCUUUUUUAUUUUUAUUUUUAAAUCUCUCUCCUUGACUCACUCUUCUGAAAUCAUGCCAAAUUCUUUGACAUUCCAGCCGUUUCUCUCCUUAUGAUAUGCCUUCGAAAACCAAAUGCUUAAACCCCUCUCAACUUCUCCUCAAAACCCAAAAAAUAAAAAAUCGAACAGUCUUCUAUCUUGUACUCUACGGGGAUGUUACUGUAGCCAUGGUAUAUUAUAGCAUGGGCCAUCAAUCUUGAUAUAUUCUUUCUUUGCUCUAUAGGGGACUCGCUAAUAGCUUCUUCUUCUCCCUGUUGUUGCUGUUUAUAUAAAAAGGCUUCUUUUUGGGGAGAAAAUGGAGUAUGGCAGUGUUGGAGGAGGAAAUAGUGGCGGUGGUGGUGGAGACCAUGACCCCUCUGAUCCUCAAAGGAGGAAGAAGCGUUAUCACCGCCACACUGCUCUCCAGAUUCAGAAGUUGGAGUCAAUGUUUAAGGAGUGUCCACAUCCAGAUGAGAAACAAAGGUUACAGUUAAGUAGAGAGUUGGGUUUGGCACCAAGACAGAUCAAGUUUUGGUUUCAAAACAGGAGGACCCAGAUGAAGGCUCAACAUGAAAGAGCAGAUAACUCUGCUCUUAGAGCUGAGAAUGAUAAGAUCCGAUGUGAGAAUAUAGCCAUUAGAGAGGCACUCAAGAAUGUAAUUUGCCCAUCUUGUGGGGGGCCUCCUGUUACGGAGGAUUCCUAUUUUGAUGAGCACAAACUAAGAAUGGAGAAUGUUCAAUUGAAAGAAGAGCUUGAUAGAGUUUCUAGCAUUGCUGCUAAAUACGUAGGGAGGCCAAUUUCCCAACUCCCUCCAGUGCAACCUUUUCACUUUUCUUCCUUGGAUUUAUCAAUGGGGAAUUUUGGGGGCCAAGGGAUUGGUGGCCCUUCACUUGAUCUUGAUCUUAUCCCAACUAGUUCAAAUUUGGCUUUCCAACCUCCAGUCAUUUCGGAUAUGGACAAGUCCCUUAUGACUGAUGUUGCUGCAAAUGCUAUGGAGGAAUUGUUAAGGCUUUUGCAAACCAACGAACCUUUGUGGAUGAAAUCGUCCGCUGAUGGGAGAGAUGUUCUUAAUCUCGAUACCUACCAGAGGAUCUUUCCAAGGGCUAUGAGCCACUUAAAGAAUCCCAAUGUUCGAAUAGAAGCAUCCCGAGAUUCAGGUGUUGUUAUCAUGAAUGGUGUGGCCUUGGUUGACAUGUUUAUGGAUUCAAACAAGUGGGUCGAAUCAUUUCCCACGAUGGUGUCUGUGGCAAAGACCAUUGAAGUAAUUUCAUCUGGAAUGUUGGGUAGUCACAGUGGUUCUUUGCAACUGAUGUAUGAAGAGUUGCAGGUGCUUUCACCCCUGGUUCCGACUCGGGAAUUCUGUAUCCUUCGGUAUUGUCAGCAAAUUGAGCAAGGCUUAUGGGCAAUUGUUAGUGUUUCAUAUGAUAUUCCACAGUUUGCCUCCCAAUUUCGAUGUCAUAGGCUUCCUUCUGGAUGCUUGAUUCAGGAUAUGCCAAAUGGAUACUCAAAGGUUACUUGGGUGGAACAUGUAGAGAUCGAAGACAAAACCACAACUCAUCAGCUUUAUAGGGAUCUCAUUCACAGUGGUAUGGCUUUUGGAGCUGAACGAUGGCUUGCUACACUUCAAAGGAUGUGCGAAAGAGUGGCAUGUCAAAUGGUGUCAAGCAAUUCGACCCGGGAUCUUGGAGGAGUAAUUCCCUCACCAGAAGGUAAGAGAAGCAUGAUGAAACUUGCCCAACGAAUGGUCAGCAGUUUCUGUUCUAGCAUAAGCACAUCUAACAGCCACCGAUGGAGCACACUAUCUGGGUUGCAUGAUGUUGGAGUUCGAGUUACACUCCAUAAGAGCACGGAUCCUGGCCAACCUAAUGGUGUAGUUCUAAGUGCAGCUACCACGUUUUCACUUCCAGUUUCUCCUCAAAAUGUCUUCAGUUUCUUCAAGGAUGAAAGAACCCGACCACAGUGGGAUGUACUCUCUAGCGGCAAUGCAGUCCAAGAAGUUGCCCAUAUCACAAAUGGUUCACAUCCCGGGAACUGCAUAUCUGUUCUUCGAGCCUACAACACUAGUCAGAACAAUAUGUUAAUACUGCAAGAGAGCUGUGUCGACUCAUCAGGUUCACUUGUAGUCUAUUGUCCCGUCGAUCUACCAGCCAUCAACAUAGCAAUGAGCGGUGAGGACCCUUCCUAUAUACCUCUGCUGCCAUCAGGAUUCACCAUUUCUCCUGAUGGCCGUCCUGACCAAGGAGAUGGUGCAUCAACAAGCUCUAAUACACAAGGAAGCACGGCCAGGUUGAGCGGUUCCCUAAUUACAGUAGCAUUUCAAAUACUAGUCAGCAGCUUGCCAUCUGCUAAACUAAACCUGGAGUCAGUGAAUACUGUUAAUAACCUUAUUGGCACCACUGUCCAGCAAAUUAAGGCUGCCAUGAAUUGUCCUAGUUCCUGAUCACCAGAUUCUGCUACUGCAAACUUAACUGUUCCCCUUUCUCUCUACCAUCUUUGAAUAUUGAGAUCAGAGAAAAUUAAAGUGUUGUUUUUGCUGGUCGUAUUCACUGUGGGAGAGAAGUAUUGGGGUUGGUUGGGACUUUGAAUGCUAUCUUCAAGAACCAAAGAUGCUUAUUUACUGCUGCUGCUGCUGCUGCCGGUGGUGGUGGUGCCUGUUUUUGCUGCCACAAUUCAUUACAAUCUACACCAACUAAAUUUUAUUUAUUAUUUUUACGAGCCUCCUUUUUGGAUUUUGCAAAAAUUCUCGUUGGAAGAGUAGCCAUUUAAAGAGGGAGUCAAGAACGCACCAUACAUGUUUUUCUUGCCUAGAAGGGGUAGUAAUAAAUCUGCCAUCCAUCCCUUCCCUUCAUUACCACGCGAACUCAGCAAGAAAAAAAAAAAUUUGUGGUUCGGGUAUUGACUUCUGUUCAUGGACAUUCAAUCUAAUUUAUCUACCAAUGAUGUUCUAUCUCUGUUUUUUUAUUUAUUAUUAUUAUUUUUAUUUUUUGGCCGUGUAAUAAAAUCUCUUGAAUGGGGUGU